CUAUUCAGGAAUUUAUGUUUUAGCAGUAAGCCGGUAUCUACAAUGUCUUUAUAGUGUAUUGAAUAUAUUAUAUUUGGUAUAUUUCAUUCUGAAAUAACCAAUAAUCUUAAGAAAUAAAUAAGAAUUAAUUGAAAUAUAUUUUUAUAAGUACAGCGCCAUAAUUUAAAGAUGGAUUGGUCAGCUGUUAGUAAUCAUUUUAAACAAACUUGGCUUACGACUUUAAUGAGUUGUAUAUUAUUUUGUGGAGUUACUUAUUUUUUAGUUUGGGCUGAGGGCCAUGCAAUUCAAAACAACCUGAUGCUAGAAGAACUUGUAUCAGCAGCAGAGACUAUUGAUGUUCAUUCAAAUGAUGAUCCAAAGAGGUAUGAGGGUCAAGUUGUACAUGUCAUAGGACCUAUAAGAAUAUUAGAGCCAAUAUCUGAACCAGAUUACAAUAUACAAGUCCAAGCUGUCAAGCUCAGAAAAAGAGUACAAAUGUAUCAGUGGAUUGAAGAAACUACGGAAACGGAUAACUUUAUAAGCGAACAUGCAGACGAAUCACAGAAGACAUACUGGUACCGCAAGGAAUGGAAGGAUUACGUCGUUGAUUCCGCUCUGUUCUACAUCAGACCUGGUCACCAUAAUCCUACUUCCAUGCCGAUGUUCAGUGAAACGCAUGUAGCGGAUAAUGUAAAGAUUGGAUGGAUGUUUUUAGGUGUAGAUGUGAAAAGAAAAGUGAACGAUUAUUAUGAGAUUUGGUCUGAUUCGAGGCCGGAAAGAAGUGAUAUUAAACUCCAUUCGGGAUUCUAUUAUCACGGGAAUAGCGCAUUGGAUCAUGAAAUUGGUGAUUUACGAAUCCACUUCUCCUACGCGGGACGGGAGGACGAUAUUUAUACAGUCGUGGGAGUGGUAGAGAGUGGUACUCUCCAACCAUACAGUCCAACGAACUUUCCCUACGCGGACCCCAUUUCGUUAUUACGAAAGGGCUCGUAUAGCUUAAAGCAGCUUUAUAGUCUGGAGAAAAAGGAUGCAAACACACACACAUGGAAGUAUAGAAUAUUGGGAUUCAUACAGGUCUUCGCUUCCGCCAUGACCUUGCAUCCGGAAUGGUUGACAUUGUUUCUCCAAUGUAAGUUGGUCUCAAGUAACUUGCGCCGUUGUACCCGGCUGUGGGUCAAUUUAGUUUUGUCGUUCUCAUACACACUUUUCGUCAUAUCAAUACCUUGGUUAUUUCACAAGACGACGUUUGGUGCUCUGUUAUUAGGCGGUGCGUUACUUCCGCUGUUACAUUAUUCUAGUCUGUGGCGCGAUUCGCGAAGGAACGAACGGGAACUGUAUCGCUGACAAGGGCUGCACACGGCUUUGCCUGUUUUAGUGGAAAUGUGUGCCAUGGCGUUGAUAUAUGCCUUCAUCGGGUUCCAAGUUGUUGAUAUAUAAAUCUAAUGACUAAAGUUGACGCAUUAUCGAUACUUAUCUGCGCACGCACUCUGACUUUUUAUUAUUAAUUAACUAUUAAUUACUUAAGAUGUCAUGUGGUAUGUGGUGUAGGUAAUGACUGCCAAUUACACGCAGAAGUCAACUUGGCACCUGCGCGGUGUACAUAAUAAAAAGUGUUUAUUCAUUUUUAGUACAUUUUCAUUCCUAUUUGUAAGAUUUGGAAACCUUUUUAAGUAAAAAAUACCUGUGUCAGGGUUCCCAGCUCUUCCAUUAACAAACUUAAUUCUAUAUAUAUAAUUCCUUAAAAUAAUUACACUAUAACUGUUAUCAUCACGCCUGAGUGCAUGUGUGUAUGGGUGCAAAUGUGUUAGUGAGUGAAUGAGUGAGUCAGUGAGUGAAUGAAUGAAUAAAGUGUGUAAUUACAUAAUAGGUCUUAGAAGCAGCUGUAUGUGCUUCCCCUCCCACCUCACCCCACCGCCUACCGCUCUCGCCUUUGACAUGACAGUGCGAUCAGUAAAUUGUCAUUUUAUUAAAGAAUAAUCUUAAAUUAUAUUUGUUUUAUUAAGCUAUGGAAACAUAUACCUACAUUUAAACUCUUUAUUGAUAUUAUAAUCACAGAUACCUACUAUCGCGAGUGUCGCGGCCUUAUAGAUUACCUUGAAUUUUUUAUGCAGUUAGUAUUUCUAUGACGUCAUUACAGCGAGAUGCCUAGUUAACUUCUGUGUGUAGUACAAACAAUUCUUACGCACAUCACUACUCCCCUCCAUAAGUCCUAUAAGUGCGAGCGAGACAGGUUGUGACGCUAACAAAAACUUUGAUUUUAUUUUAUUAUGUAAUUAUCGUAUUUUGUUUAUGUUUUUAAUUUUGUAUUUUUUUUUAGCAUAACUUAUGUUUACAUGUAUUGUCAUACAUAUUAGAUAUAAGAUUUUAUAAAAUUAUCAGUAGAUUUAGUAAUAUGUAUGAUGUUGUAGACUUCAUAAAUAAAUAAACAAAAACUUAAUUGACGUAUUAAAGAGUGAAAAGUCAAACGUUUUAUGAAAUGUUUAUAUUCGUAAACGUAUAACGGAAAGAUUGUGUGUGUGUACUUAUUUAUUAUUAGUAUAUGUAUAAUUUACUUAUAAAAUGUGUGUAUUAAAGUGCCAAAAAAUAAAAUGUUAACAAUUGAUGUCAAAUAGUUUAAAUACAAGUCUAGUCGAUUAUUUACAAUAGUUUAUAACUUAAGUAAAACAUUGCUAAGCUAUGUAUAUUAUAAUAAAGUUAUUUACGUUAAACUUUAGCUGGCCCAGCAUUUUACGUUAUUUGAACAUUAAAAGCGCGCGAAACGGUCCACGCCACAGAUAAGUAGAAGAGUCAUUUGCCACAGAUUACAAACAUUCUGCGCCUAUUAGUACUAAUAUUAGUACUAAUAGGCGCUGACUUUGAGUGUUGAAAUAAUUAUAUCUAUUUAAAUUAAGCUUAAAGGUCUCGUUACCAUAAAAUUAUUUAAACAAAUUUAGGUUAAAAGUGAUAUAAAAUGUGUUAGCACAUACAGUACAUAAUACCAAUUUUUAUCUUGUUGAAUAAAUAUCGUUAGUCAAUAGUAAAAUUGUACUGGGAACAAGUAAUGUGUAAUUUAUAAUAAAUUUAUAUUAAAUACUG